CACCUUUCUCCUCCCAUCGGUGGCUACUGUUUGUGGAUAAACAAAAAGCUCAGGACAGAAAAGAGGAAGAUCUGUGUUGUAGAGACGGAGAACAAGUCACACAGAGCCCAGCAAAGGCUAAGAACUCAGACGGUGUAUAAAGAGCUCCGAGGCAAUGUACAACAAGUAAUCCGGCCAAAAGAUUUUAAACCAGGACAGUGAAAUACAGGCCUGAAAACAGAUCCGUUGUAUAGGAAGAAACAGUAACCAGGACACCCAGGCAAUCGGUCAUGGCUAUGACUGCUGAAGCAUAUCAAGAAGUGGAAAUAGCCACUUGCCUUCUGAGUGGGACCUCAUCGCUCGCCUCACGAAUAAGUCGUGUAGCCUCAGCUGUAUUCCUUUGUGUUCGGUUUGGAUUCCUAAUGGUUGGAUAUCGGACAAUAUGGCAGGAUGAAGAGAAGAAUUUCCAUUGCAACACCUCAAAGCUUCUCUGUACGCCAAGCUGCUUUGAUGAGUUCUCCCCAUUCUCCUCGUUCAACCUUUUCGCUUUACAAAUGGUGUGCCUGCUUACUCAGUCUAUGUGUGUGGUCGGUUAUACUCGCUCAGCCUACCAGGGAAAGGAAGGAUGGCUGCAUGAUCAACUCCGGAGAAGGACUGUUCAAAUGAAAUUACACAUAAUCGCACUUUUAAGCAGGAUACUUAUUGAAGGUCUUUUCAUUUUAACCUUUUAUAAAGUAACAGAAGGAUUUGUACAGAAGAGGACAACUCCGUGUCAUACUACACUGUGCGAACCAUUUGUCAUUUGCACAGAUAUAAACGCAGCCGUUAAGAAUAUCUUUAACUUGUGCCACUGUGCAGCUUCUACAGCCGGUGCCAUGAUUUGCUUCUGGGAGUUACUAACCUGCCUACUGUCCAUCCAGAACGUAAGGAGGCUCUCAGGCAGCCAGACACAAACCAACAAGCAACGCUACUAGCAAUGUUAAGCUGCAUUUUAGGAUGCCUGUUGCAAGCAAAACCACUAUUAACGUAGUGUGCAUUUCUUGAAAUGUAAUUUCAAAUCUUUUUGCUA